AUGCUCCGACGCCUCGCCGGCGCCGCCGCGGCGCCCCUCCGCCGCUCCCUCUGCACGGCCGCGGCGGCCUCCUCGCCCCCUCUUCGCCCUCCAUGGGCCAUGCUCUACGCCAAGCCGGCGCUGGACGCGUCGGGGGCGCCGUCGCGCGCGUCCCUCGACCUCCACGAGGACAUGUGGGCCCAGCUCUCCGUCCCCGCCCGCCUCGUCGUCCCCGACGCCGGCGACGCCGCGGACUUCUUCGCCGGCGCCGUCCGCGCCGCGACCCCCGACGGCCUCCUCCUCCUCGACUUCUCCGACACCCGCUGCCGCGCCCCGGUCGACCGCACCUUCCGCCCCAGCUGGCUGGCCGAGUUCGACGCCGCCGCCGAGUACGCCGGCGAGCCGGACGUCGCGCGCUUCGUCUGCAACCCUCUCAGCGGCCAGCUGCUCCGCCUCCCUGCCCCGGGCGCGGAGUUCGCGAGGUCGUCCACCGCAGGCUGCUCCACGGGCUUCGGCCUGCUCACCCAGUCCGAGGGCUCCCGCGGCCCGCCCGACAGGUACGUGGUCGCCCAGCUCAGCCGCAGCCGCCGCGGGGGAGCGGACCACCCCGUCGUGCGCCGGUUCCUGUCGGAAACAGGGGAGUGGGACGAGCGGCGGUUGGCCGGCCCGUCCGUGCCGGCUAGCCGGGACAUGCGCAUAGACCCGAACCUCGAGGUGGUGGCAUUCGGCGACAGGCUGUGGUGGCUCGACCCGACCUGGGCCGUCUGCUCCGUCGACCCUUUCAGCGACCAGCCGGAGCACCGCUUAGUCGAGCUGCCCCCGGCCAGCGUGCUGCCUGACCUGAUUGACCUGGCGGGGACACCGGUGCUGGGCAGGUACCGCCGUCUCGGGGUGAGCGAGGGGAAGCUGCGCUACGUGGAGGUGUCUAACAGCAGGAAGCCAUUCGUGUGCAGCUCCUUCUCGCUCGAUGAGAAGGGCUGCUGCUGGACGCUGGAGCACAAGGUAGCAUUCAAUCCUGUUCUCCCUGAAAGGUGCAAGGUUCUGGAAGACCACAUACCGUGCAUUGCCGCCAUCGAUCCAUUCCGGGCGAACUUUCUGUACCUCAUCUAUGGUCACUUUCUUAUUGUUGUGGACAUGGCUAAGGGGAAAAGCUUAGGGGGGCAGCAUCUUCCAGAAAGAGCCGGCGAUCAAACCCUGUGCCCCUCUGGUUUUCUUGUGCCCUGCACGCUCCCAACAUGGCUAGAGUCGAGCUACAUCCCCUGUGCAGGAACCCUUUCGAGCAAGAAGACCAAUUCCAAAAGGAACAGUUUGGCAGAGACGCUGGUUCGUGCGGACAGGGGGCAGAAAAAUUGA